AUGUUUAAUACUAACAUAGACCUCCAUGCGCUGACUGGUUGGAUACCUGAGCGGCUGUCAGUCCACGGCAAUGAGUCGGAUAAAGACCGCACUUUUAAGAUGCUGUGCGAUCGGCACUCGAAGGGAGAUGUGUUGAUAACAUUGGCGACGGGAGAACUUCAUCUGCGAUGGAAAGGCAAUUACUCGGAACGGGAUGUCAUGAACUGGACCCCAGCCAUGAAGGAGGCUCUCCGAUACGACCCCCAAAGUGCCCGUAAUUUUGAUAACGGUGUGUUUUGGAUAGACAUCGAUUCGCUGUACCGGUUCUACGAUGUGGCUUACCUCAACUGGAAUCCUGGUCUAUUUAAGUACACCUACUGUACCCAUGACUCGUGGAGCGCAGGUGUGGGUCCGGUAAAGGAUCUCUACUUUAUCGGUGAUAAUCCACAGUAUAGUCUAACGCUUACGAACGGGAACAGUACGGUGUGGGUGCUAUUGACCCGUCAUAUAACGGAUAAAAACGAUUUCGCUAAUAAUAACGAAUACAUCGCUCUAUUAGUGUACAAAAACAACGGAGAAAAGGUGUAUAUGCCGUUCGAUCCACCGCCAUAUAUAGACGGCGUCCGUAUUAAUAGUCCGCACUAUUUGUGCAAAAUUACGCCCAACCCACAGGUGCCGUGCAGUCGAUACACAUUAGUCAUAUCGCAGUACGAGAAGUCGACUACUAUUAACUACACACUCCGUGCCUACUCUACCGGUGCCUUUCAACUCAGGAAACUGACCAACGCUUACAAAUACAAAGAGAUUGUCAGUAGAAAAGAAAAGAGCGGCAAAUGGACGACCGAUACGGCGGGCGGCUGUGCCAACAACCGGGACACCUAUCAUAAGAAUCCCGUCUAUCAGUUCACGAUUACCGGUGCCAACGAUGCUGACAAUCAACUACUCAUUGACCUGAAAGGACCCAAGGAUUAUGCGAUAGGAAUAGACUUAACUACAGUCAGUGUUGUGAAUCAAAACUCCGAAAAUUACUUCAAAAAACAAUCGUCCGGUGCUUUCAGGUCUGGUUUCACUAUACUUCAGUUGAAGUCAGUGCCCGCCGGCACCUACAAUAUAAUCCCAUCCACUUAUAAGCCCAACCAAUUGGGACCAUUUUUUCUGACUGUCCACUCGACCACACCAUUCAAAUUAAAUAGAAUUAGAUAAUCAUUAAUUUAUUGUUAUUUUUAUUAUCGCACAACUCUAUUAAGUCUAAUUUAAAUGUUAAAUUGUUUUUGUAUUUUUAAACAUUUUGUAAUAAUAAAUUAUACCGUACAAAGC